AUGUCGACCCCGCCUCCCAACUAUUAUGCGAUCCUAGAAGUCCCAGAUAAUGCGUCACUGGAACGUAUUAGAGAGGCUUACAAAAGAGCUGCGCUGAAAACACAUCCUGAUCGUGUCCCCGAGGGUUCACCAGACCGGGCCGAGCGCACGCGCAAGUUCCAGCUCGUCAACGACGCCUACUACACGCUGUCGGAUCCGACCCGCCGCCGUGACUACGAUGCGCAGCGCAAAAUGUUCAACCGCGCGCCGUCGAGCGACCCGUUCGCCGAGGCCGACGACGACGCGCCGCCCGGAUACUCGGCCGGUGGCGACGGCACCAGCCCGUUCUCGUGGGCGUGGAACUUCUUCACAAAGGGCAACGGCGGGGAAGAGCGCGAGCGCACGGAAAAUGCGCAGUUCCGGGAUGUUUUCGAGGAGAUGAUGCGCGAGCAGGGCAUGGCUGAGGAUGGGACGAAUCGCCCGACGGGCAAGUUCUGGAGCAUCGUCGGUGGGCUGAGCGGUGGCGCGCUGGGCUUCAUUCUGGCCAAUGUGCCCGGACUGGUGGCAGGUGCUGUGGCUGGAAAUAGGCUCGGCGCGGUGCGGGAUGCCAAAGGAAAAAGCGUAUACGCGGUGUUCCAGGACCUUCCGCCGGAUGACCGCAAUAGGUUGCUCAGCCAGCUCGCAGCCAAGGUGUUCAGCCAUGCAACUGGAAUCUAA